CAGCCCACUGCUCCCCCGCCGCUUCAAAUCCCUCCGUCGCGGGCCCGUCGCCAAUUUGCUCUUCGACUCGCGCAACGCAAAGCCCAACUUGAAUCGACGCGCGAAGCAGAGGAGGACCCCGACGACCCUUCAGCUCCCGGGAAAACUCAGGAACAAGAGGAGCGUGAGGGGCAUCAGCGCUUCGCACGCAUGUUUGAAGGCAUCGAGGACUCGUCCGAUGACGACAGUCUGCAUAGUAUCGAGGGCGUGGGUGACGACGAGGAAAACAUACUAGGCCGCAUUGAAGUUGAGGGGCAGGAGGUGGGGAGAAGGAGUCCGGUGAAAGUUGCCAGUCCCGAGAAGGUGGGUAGUCCGGAGUUGGAGAGGAGGGGAAGCGGCGACGAUGGUAAGGAAGACGAGAGCAGAGUCGUGGUUUAG